GGAUGCCUCCGCACAGAGGCACAGCUGCUGUGAGCAGCUCGGUGCCCACAUGUGUGAUGUGAUGGCUGUGCCUGUCCCCACAGGUGCUGAUGGCGACGAUGACGAUGCAGCUGGGCGGGCUGGUGCUGGCCGUGCUGGGCUGGCUGGGCUCCAUCCUCACCUGCGCGCUGCCCAUGUGGAAGGUGACGGCCUUCAUCGGUUACAACAUCGUGGUGGCCCAGGUCUUCUGGGAAGGGCUGUGGAUGAACUGCGUCUAUGAGAGCACGGGGCAGAUGCAGUGCAAGGCGUACGACUCCCUGCUGGACCUCACCUCCGACCUGCAGGCCGCCCGCGCGCUGGUGGUCACCUCCAUCAUCGUGGCCUUCCUCGGCCUCCUCACCGCCAUCUCGGGGGCCGACUGCACGCGCUGCAUGGAGGACAAGAGCUCCAAGGGCCGCGUUUCCAUCGUGGCAGGGGCCAUCUUCGUGCUGGCCGGCAUCGUGCUGCUCAUCCCCGUCUCCUGGUCUGCCAACAGCAUCGUCACCAACUUCUACAACCCCAUGGUUCCCGAGGCCCUCAAGAGAGAGCUGGGGGCUGCCCUGUACAUCGGGUGGGCCUCCAGCGCCCUGCAGCUGUUGGGUGGGGGUAUCCUGUGCUGCUCGGGGCCACCCGUGGAGCGGGACCACUACCCCAAGUCAUACCGUGCGGUGAAGGGCUGUGGCCCCAUGGGCUACCCCAUGAAGGACUAUGUGUGAGCUGCCCCAGCUAGGCACCAGCCCUUGGGCACAGCACCACGGUCCCCAGCCCCCCCACAUCCCACAUCCCCUGCUUGCACACCGUGUCCCCAUGCCAGCUGUGUCCUCCCUGUGCUUUGCCCUUCCUGCAGGCUGGUGACAGCAUGUGGCCUCGUCCCGCUGCCCUACUGGGGCACUGCUGCUGCUCCCAGCUCUAUAAAGGUCUUGGUGCCACUAAGGCUGCCUGGGCUCAUUUUGAAGCUGUGUUGUGACACUUCCUAUGUCUCUCACACCUCCGUAGGCAGCAAAAGGGCUUACU